CAGCUUGGUGUGUUAGGUUAUAAUACUCUCGAUGGAAUAAUCUUUUUUUUUUCUCUUCUACACUGACAUCGGCUUGUCGUCGUCAGCUCGGACGAGGCAAGUGCACGACAGUGAUUAACAAUGCGACAAUGAAGAGACUCAACGAGUUUCUCGCGAUUUGCGUCGUGUUGCAGUGCUUUUAUGAUGUAUGCACUACACACUUGCUCAUAAACGUCAAAAAUCAGGGCGGUGAUAUUCUUCUAGAAACUAUCUCGUCUAAUGUUACAGAAGAUUUGAUUACUCUCGAAUUCCAGCGUUCCGAUGGCACAUUAGUCACGCAACUUAUUGAUUUCAAAAAUGAAGUUCAAGUUAUAAAAGCUUUGGUACUCGGUGAGGAGGAACGUGGACAAAAUCAAUAUCAAGUCAUGUGUUUCGUAAAUCAUUUUUAUAAAGUAGAUUUUAUAUCAUCUGAUGCAAUGUCCAAACUACGUCAAAAGAAUCCAGGUACCGUACGGGUAGCUGAGGAGGACAGAGGUCAUGUCAAUUACACAAUGGACUUGUUUCUGGAUGUUUCUCAAUCCAAGGAAAUCUCAAAGCAUGUUACCAUACUUUGUGCAGAAGCAGCUGGAUCAACUUACACCAGGAAUGAUGAUAUAAAACAGUGGAUUCAAAGACCAGGUUCCUCGGAAGAGUUACUAAUGGCAGCUGUAUAUAAUUUCACAAAUAUGCAAUCGGGUAUGAACGAUACCAGGUCAUUAUUGGUCUCUAAAUGUGCUGACACAUCAAAUCUCUGGGCACCUUGUACGUGUUCCCUUGAAUUGUGCAUCGGUUGGUAUCCGUGUGGUUUAAAAUUUUGCAAAGGAAAGUCUGAUGGCAAAAAGGUAGCAAGCACUUACCGAUGUGGCAUAAAAACAUGUAAGAAAUGUUUUAUAUUCUCAUAUUAUUCUAAAAUGAAACAGAACUGUCUAUGGGAUGAAUGACAUAUAAGGACACUGUAGAUUAAAAAUUUCAAUUUAUUAAGUAUGGCAGUGCCAUAAAAAAAUGAAGAGAGCUAGAAACAAAUUGAAUAUCUCAGAAAAGUUUCUAAGGCCCGUAUUUAUAGUCGUGUUUCUGCUGAGAAACUCAACUGAAACUAAUCUUGAGUCAAGGAACAGUUCAAUAAACGAAUCUUGAGAGUCGAUUUGUAAUUGCGAUUCAAAUGAAAAACUCAAAUGAAGUUUAUCUCAAAAUAUUUUUUAUGAUUCAAUAGUUGAGUCUUGAAGCAAGAUCUUGUAAUAACCUCGAAAUUUGUAUCCUCUAAUUCUUUGAGUC